AUGAUACCUCAAUGUUCUAGAUGUGGAAAAAAUGAUUUCAAAAAGACUCAAGAUCAAGAUGCACACUUAAAUCGUAAAUUUCUAUGCAAAUCUAGUAAUACCCAAAAUCCUAUUGUAGCUCCAGGAUGCAAAGCAUCUCCUGCUCUGCAGACACCAUUACAACAAAAUUUAGCUACAGAUCAAAUUUUGAUACAAACCCAUGUUCCAGUAGGUGAUUUAAUCCAAUUAGAUAAUAUACCAUUACCUAUUCAAAGCUCUGACAAUAUUUCUUCAAAUCUUCCCCAAAAUGAUACAGAAUGGUUUGAUAAUAUGGAAGAUAAAUAUAAUACAAAUACUGAUAAAAAAUGGCCUGAAUUAGGUGGAUCAUUGCUCUAUAAUUAUCCAAAAAGAAAUAUCAUAAAUAUAGAGAGUAAUUUUGGUG